AUGUUUCUAACGCGAAGUGAGUACGACCGUGGGGUGAACACGUUCUCGCCGGAAGGCCGUCUUUUCCAAGUUGAGUACGCCAUUGAAGCUGUUAAGCUUGGCUCCACUAGCAUUGGAAUACGCACGAAGGAAGGUGUACUCUUGGCCGCCGAAAAGCGAUCGACAUCGAAGCUGAUGGUAAACGAUGCUAUCGAGAAAAUUAGCAAAGUUGACGAGCAUGUAGGUAUUACGUUUGCUGGCUUGAUUGCCGAUUCACGUACCCUGGUUGAACGUGCUCAAAUCGAGGCACAGAAUUUCUGGUUCACCUACAACCGAAAGAUUCGUAUCGAAGAUGUCACGCAGUCAGUCGCUAACCUUGCACUUCAGUUCGGAGACGAUGAUGUGAAGGCCUCUAUGUCGCGCCCGUUCGGUGUUGCGAUGCUAUUUGCCGGAGUGGAUCAAGAAGGUGCUAAACUUUUUCAUCUAGACCCUUCAGGCACUUUCAUUGAUUGUAAAGCGAAGUCAAUUGGUGCUGCAAGCGAUGGUGCAGAACAAAAUCUUAAGGAACAGUAUCAUGAUAAUAUGUCGCUAAAGGAAGCUCUGAAGGUUGGCCUUGCUAUUUUGAAGCAAGUUAUGGAAGAGAAGUUGAAUAGUGCCAAUGUUGAAGUUGUUGUUAUAAAGCCCGUCAAGGAUGAUAAAGGUCGUCAGGUUGGAACAUUCGAACGAGUCUCAAAUGCGGAUCUUGACGUUGUCAUUUCAAGUUUAUAA